AUAAAGGGGCUGCGGCGAGGCCGGCAGAACGCUGUGACAGCCACACACCCCAAAGGCCUCCAAGAUGAGCUACGCGCUGGACCCGCUGGGCAACCCGUCCGCCUACCGGCGGGUCACCGAGACCCGCUCCACCUUCAGCCGCGUGAGCGGCUCCCCGUCCAGCGGCUUCCGCUCGCAGUCGUGGUCCCGCGGCUCGCCCAGCACCGUGUCCUCGUCCUACAAGCGCAGCGCGCUCGCCCCGCGCCUCGCCUACAGCUCGGCGAUGCUCAGCUCGGCCGAGAGCAGCCUCGAUUUCAGCCAGUCCUCGUCGCUGCUCAACGGCGGAGGCUCGGGCGGCGACUACAAGCUGGCCCGCUCCAACGAGAAGGAGCAGCUGCAGGGCCUGAACGACCGCUUCGCCGGCUACAUCGAGAAAGUGCACUACCUGGAGCAGCAGAACAAGGAGAUCGAGGCGGAGAUCCACGCGCUGCGCCAGAAGCAGGCCUCGCACGCCCAGCUGGGCGACGCUUACGACCAGGAGAUCCGCGAGCUGCGCGCCACCCUCGAGAUGGUGAACCACGAGAAGGCUCAGGUGCAGCUGGACUCCGACCACCUGGAGGAGGACAUCCACCGGCUCAAGGAGCGCUUCGAGGAGGAGGCGCGCCUGCGAGACGACACCGAGGCCGCCAUCCGCGCGCUGCGCAAAGACAUCGAGGAGUCGUCGAUGGUGAAGGUGGAGCUGGACAAGAAGGUGCAGUCGCUGCAGGAUGAGGUGGCCUUCCUGCGGAGCAACCACGAGGAGGAGGUGGCCGACCUGCUGGCUCAGAUCCAGGCGUCGCACAUCACGGUGGAGCGCAAAGACUACCUGAAGACCGACAUCUCCACGGCGCUGAAGGAGAUCCGCUCUCAGCUCGAGUGUCACUCCGACCAGAACAUGCACCAGGCCGAGGAGUGGUUCAAAUGCCGCUACGCCAAGCUCACCGAGGCGGCCGAGCAGAACAAGGAGGCCAUCCGCUCCGCCAAGGAAGAGAUCGCCGAGUACCGGCGCCAGCUGCAAUCCAAGAGCAUCGAGCUCGAGUCGGUGCGAGGCACCAAGGAGUCCCUGGAGCGCCAGCUCAGCGACAUCGAGGAGCGCCACAACCACGACCUCAGCAGCUACCAGGACACCAUCCAGCAGUUGGAAAAUGAACUUCGGGGAACGAAGUGGGAAAUGGCUCGUCAUUUGCGAGAAUACCAGGAUCUCCUCAACGUCAAGAUGGCCCUGGACAUCGAGAUCGCCGCAUACAGGAAACUCCUGGAGGGUGAAGAGACCAGAUUUAGCACAUUUUCAGGAAGCAUCACUGGGCCUCUGUACACCCACCGACAGCCCUCUGUCACAAUAUCCAGUAAGAUUCAGAAGACCAAAGUCGAGGCUCCCAAGCUCAAGGUCCAACACAAAUUUGUGGAGGAGAUCAUAGAAGAAACUAAAGUGGAAGAUGAGAAGUCAGAAAUGGAAGAUGCCCUCACAGCCAUUGCAGAGGAGUUGGCAGCCUCUGCCAAAGAGGAAAAAGAAGAGAAAGAAGAAAAGGAAGAGGAACAGGAAGCUGAAAAGUCUCCUGUGAAGUCUCCUGAGGCUAAGGAAGAGGAGGAAGGGGAAAAAGAAGAAGAAGAAGGCCAGGAAGAAGAAGAGGAAGAAGACGAAGGUGCCAAGUCAGACCAGGCUGAAGAGGGGGGAUCUGAGAAGGAAGGCUCCAGUGAAAAAGAUGAAGGCGAGCAGGAAGAAGAAGGAGAAACUGAGGCAGAAGGUGAAGGAGAGGAAGCAGAAGCUAAGGAAGAAAAGAAAGCUGAGGGGAAAGUUGAGGAAGUGGCCGUCAAGGAGGAAAUCAAGGUAGAGAAACCAGAGAAAGCAAAGUCCCCUGUGCCAAAAUCACCAGUGGAAGAAGUGAAGCCAAAACCAGAAGCCAAAGCAAGCAAAGGUGAGCAGAAGGAGGAAGAGAAAGUUGAAGAAGAAAAGAAGGAAGUCAUCAAGGAAUCACCCAAGGAAGAGAAGGUAGAGAAAAAGGAGGAGAAGCCAAAAGAUGUGCCGGAUAAAAAGAAGGCCGAGUCCCCAGUGAAAGACAAAGCCGUGGAGGAGGUGAUCACCAUCACCAAGUCGGUAAAGGUGAGCCUGGAGAAGGACACCAAAGAGGAGAAGCCUCAGCAGCAGGAGAAGGUGAAGGAGAAGGCAGAGGAGGAGGGGGCCACUGAGGAGGAAGGGGGUGAUCUAAGCCCACAGGAAUCCAGGAAGGAAGACAUAGCUAUCAAUGGGGAGGUGGAAGGAAAAGAGGAAGAAGAGCAGGAAACUCAGGAGAAGGGCAGUGGGAGGGAGGAGGAGAAAGGGGUGGUCACUAAUGGCUUAGAUGUGAGCCCAGCAGAUGAAAAGAAAGGGGAUGAUAGAAGUGAGGACAAAGUGGUGGUGACCAAGAAGGUAGAAAAAAUCACCAGCGAGGGCGGCGAUGGUGCUACCAAAUACAUCACCAAAUCUGUAACCGUCACUCAAAAGGUCGAAGAGCAUGAGGAGACCUUUGAGGAGAAGCUAGUGUCAACCAAAAAGGUAGAAAAAGUCACUUCACACGCCAUAGUCAAGGAGGUCACCCAGGGUGACUAAGAUUUUGAGUCCAUUGCAAAAGGUUAAGCCAUACGACAAUUUCAAAAUGCAUGUGAUUGACAGCUUCAAAACAGAAUGGGUUCUCCCAUGAGGGGCUCCAGACAUUGUAUUUUCCUUUGUGCAAUAUGAGGGAACUGCAUGCAAGCUCAGGGUGCCCCCUCCUCAGUCCUUGGGGGAUUCAAAUGCAUGAUCGUGUAUGUACCUGGGGAAUUUGCCAGUUUCCUAAGCUGUUGGAAGAGGGGCACUGGGGGAUGUCUUGAGAUGUAUUAUGCAAAGUACCAACUGAGCCAAAAAAAUAAUAAGUGAAACAGAACUCUCUUAGCCUUAAGAAAGCUAUAUAUGAAUACUUACGUUUACCUCACUGGUGCAUUUAAAAAUGGACUUCUGUUCAUGGGAGAACCUUGCUGACCUGCACAGUUUGCAAACUUAUGUUGAUUGAUGUUAAACGUCACAGCAGUCCUCGCUCAAUAAAGGUCAUCCUGGAAACAUAA